AUGGCGGUGGUAGCUGUGUCGCUGUUGGCGCUGCUCGCCACUUACUGCUACCGUGUGCCUUCGGUACUCGCCAUACCCGACCGGAAAGAGGGCGAGGAGGGCGAGUGGCCGAUGCGGCGCGCCUACCGGCUGGAGGACUUCCUGUGGACGGGGUCCGGCGACGGCGCGCUGCCCCCACAGGGGCCUGGCGCCUCCGCCGCCCACGCACCCGCCACCACCACCGUGUUCCGCACCACCACCGUGCUCACCACCGUCUUCCCCACCAGCACGCCCACGCUCGUGGUCGUCGUCGUUACCAGCUCGCCAGUAGUUAGCCCGCCCGACCCCGGCUGGACGGCGGAGCAGCGCUACUGGCUGCUCACCGUGGUCAAGCAGCCCCCGGGCCGGCCGCCGCCCACUUUGCGGGAGCUGGAGGCGCGCCUCGCUCGCCUCUACCGCAUCGCCUUCGACAGGCAGCAGGAGCGCCACCUGGGCCUGGUGAACGCGACGGCGGCGGCGCCGGCGGGUCGGCUGCGGCGGGCGCCGGCCGGGCCGGUGUCGGUGCGGCUGCUGGAGGCGGCGCCGCUGGCCGGCGAGGACGCGCCGCUGCGCCUCGUGUACGCCGUCAGCGUGGGCGGCCGGCCCGUGCCCGCCGUCGCCGCCGCCUACGACAUGCGGCUGCUCUCCGACGCCGAGGUGUCCGCCGAGCUGGGCAUGCCCGUGCUCACCAAGGCAGAGCGUGACGGAGUCCCACCUCUAACUGACAAACCAGGGACUCCUAAGAUACGACUUGGCAAACAAAUGGUAAUGAGAUGGGGAGCUAUUAAUAUCAAUGGGGGCUACUCUGGGAAGAAGGUGGAGCUGGCAGAGGCUGCAAGUAAGAUGGGGCUGGACGUUUUAGCUGUCAGUGACAUUCGGCGCAAGCGCGGCAAGCGACGCGUCGUCAGCGACGCGCAGGCGCCCGCCGGCGGCGCAGACAACACGGCCUUCGUGGACUCGGAGGGCGCGCAGCGCACGGAGGAGCGCGCCGAGGAGAGCGGCCGCCGACGCCCCUCGCCGCGCCUGCCCGGAGUGGCGCCGCCCCCGGGUCCUCCGCCCCCAGUGGCCGCCUCCGUCCGCGAGGAGCAGACGCAGACCCCGCGGCGGCCCGCCAGUGGCUCCAGCGGCUCCAGCAGCGGCGCCUGCUCCUCUGCCAGGGCCUCGCUAGUCCGGCGCCGCGCCCAGCCGGCGCACCACAACCGCAAGCACCGCCACCACCACGACCAGCACCACCGCCGGCGGCAGGCGCAGGAGCAGCAGCAGCAGGCGGUAGAAGGAGCUGCGAAGAAGCGGCCACGCCCCGCCGCAACAAGUGUGGAGGAGCCGGAGGCGGAGGACAUGGCGGACGAUGGAGCUCACCCAGUGGGCGAGGACGCGGCCGCAGACGUGCCGGAGGACCUGCCGGCGCAGCUCGUCCGGAUCUCCAGCGCUGUCAGCCCCAACUCGUUCCUCUCCAUGCCGUCCAUUAAGGCUUUCCCCAGGGGUGCCAACAUCCCGGAGCCGCUGGCACGCGUCUUGGAGCCGGUGAGUGUGCGCCACCUGGACUGCGAUGCGAUGGGCGGCGUCGCCCCAGGGGCGGCUAGGCGCCUGGCCCGCCACGGCAGCACCGGCGGUGGCGACCCUGGCGUCGUGGGGCCGCUCGUCUGGCAGCUGCACUGCCGCCAGCUGCAGCAGCAGCAACAGCAGCAGCACGGGGGCACAGAAGAAAAUACAGAUACAGAAGAAAUUCCUGAAGAAAUAACACAGCCAGAGACAACAGGUUCAAAUGUAGGUCAUAUGAGGCGUCGUUUCCAUGAGCUGUUGGAUGAUGCUUUUAGCCUCUUUGGAAGUCGCAGUGAAAGUCCUGGACUGGAAGAUGGAACCAGCAGCCCUCCUAUGUUGCACAGAGUCCAUUCAGCAAUUGUCAGGCCAGUGGGUGGGCCACCGGGUGUAUCUGCGCAGCGGCCACACACCACGGAGCUUCGACGACCUGCAACAGCAUCUACACCUCUAACUGCAGCAGCCAGGCCACGUGGAGCUUGGGGAACAGUGGAACACUCUCCACUCUCAAGUGCAGGUCGUUCAAGGCCAUUAAGUGCUGGUCCUUUCCACCGUCCACGUUUACCAACUGCUCCAGAGGUGGACUGUGCUCUAGUACUCUGUGAUUCUCGGCUUGCACCCUCUGAUCCUGCUGUACCUCUCAUUGCUGCCAUAAAGGAGGAGCUGCAGAAGUUUUCUGACAGUGCACAGCCACCUGUUACUCUUCCUGGAAGCACUUCAUCUAAAACGUAACCCAAGGAUCCUAGUACAGGAUACAUAGUCAAAGAGCAAAGAAUUUCAUGGUUGUAUUUCUCCAUGACCCUGUUGCUACAGCUGAAAUUAUGUUACAUUUGUUGGACAUAUGAACUAAAGUAAUUUAAAUACCACUUGAUGGGAAUGACAUAUGCUAGCCAAAUACAGAGACAUGGAUUUCUUACAUGAACUCAGUUGGCCCAUCUGAAAUACUUUUACAGCAUGAAUAUUGCAGAGUAAAGUGAGAAGAUGGUAUGUUUAUAAAUAUGGUAUAUAACUGAAGCACACUUAUUAAUUUCAUCCCACAUAUCAGAUUUGAUAGGUAAACUUGAAAGGCCUUACAAUUUAAACACCCUCAGAUGCUGCAGUAAUGCAGGCAGUUGCCAAAUGUAAACAGAUAAAUCUUGUAUAUUGUUCUGACUUACAUUAGUUAGUUUCAGUGUAGCUAGUACAUUAUUAUCAGGUCUCUUCAAAUGUUUAGUAAUGUUGAUGAUCUUGCUUUCAUAGACAAAGAGGCAUAUUAGGUUUUUAAGGUACAAUUGGUAUGGAACUGUUGUUCAAGAUAUGGUAUAAAAUAUGGACCAAAAGUAAAUUAUGACAAAAUAAAGGAUAAGGCACAAAAAUUAUUUUAUAUGAUUCCAUAAAUGUUCUUUUUUUCACUUUUUGCCAUAGACCCCCUCACACGUCUUACUUUAUAACCCCGGUCCACAGGAUUCACAACUAAAGGAAUAUGCUUUAUUUCACAUAUUUUUACAAUUCUUCAUAAUUUACAAAUAAUGUAAGUAAUGGAAAGUAAUUUUUGUUAGACAAGUUAACAGUUAGUGCACUGUUACAUUUAGAGUCAGCCAAGCAACAGAGGACAAGAUUUUUUUGUGUGUUUGAGCAGAAAUACAAGACUGUGCCUUGCCAUGAAGCAAAACAAUUGCACCAAACUUUCAGACAUGCUAUCUGUUGUACUAUGUAGGCUUAAAUAUACUGUUGUUACUUGAAAAAAUAAGGCAAGUUUCUAUGAAGAAGGGAAAAAUAAGUGCAUGAUUUUUGAUUACUGCAGUUGAUUCUUAUUGAUAAAAUUUAUUAAUAAACCAGAAUAAUUGGCAAAAGAUACGCAUAUUGUCUCAAUUUUAGGCCAUUACACCAGAGAGUUAACUCAGAGCCUCUUUGGAAAGACCCAAAUCCUGUACCUCAGCAUUACUUUCAAUAUAGCUAGAAUUUCAAUAAAAAUGACAACUUCUAGCUCAUCUACUGUAUAUUGUAGAUUGCAUUUUAUAGACUUUUUCAUUUAGAAGUUAUAUAAAAAAAUCAUCUGGUGAAGACAGAUAUUAAGAAGGAUUACCAAAAUACCUCAUUAUAUGUUGGGAAAAUAUUUACUGAACAACCUUUAUCAAACAACCUGUCUUACAACUCUUAUGAUGUGUGUGGGCUGUGGCUAUAUCUUCCUAGAGCCACAGCCUUAAAAAGCAUGAACAUAAAAAAAUUGUAACACACAACUAGAACACACACAUCACCAUUACUGUGGCUGCUCCUACUUCUUCAAAAAAGUAAGAUCUAGCAAUUGCUGAUUUCAAAACAGUACACCAACCUUCAGACUUUUUACUGUGAAGAGACCUGUGCCACACCUCAUAUAAUUUUUCUGCAGACUAAAAUGAGAAAUUUCUUUUUUCACUGUGUCAUAAUUGUGGGUUUCUCCAUGGCGUUCAAAGCAGCAUACAAGCAAAAACUGAAAUUUGAAACAUUCACUCAUGAAUAAGUUGUGUCCAAUAAAUCUACAUUCAAGUUGCAUUCGAACACUCAUUAUUUUGCGCAGGUAAAAACCAACUCUCUUUCAAGAGCAUGGCGCAACAAGCAGCAAGAGAGGAUCAUAGUUGGAACAUCAAAGGAUGAAUAAAUAAAUGAGAUCUAUUGUAGUGCCAGAGGCUCUCACUUCUCAUUCUCUUAACAUUUUGCAGAUUCCAAAUGAGGAUUUGCUCUUUACAGUUGAUCCAGUUAAGGGAAAGAAUCCACUCACUGUUUGAGUAUUUUGUUACAAUCAGAGACUGCCCCAAUAUACCCAACAUAAUCAUCAAUUCACAAUGUGUUGAACAAUAAUAGUUGAAUGCCUAAUGUGAAAAAAUGGCCCCCAACAAAAAUGCAAAAUUAAUUUUUAAGUAUGCUUGGGCUACAAAUAUGAACACACUGAACUCUUUACAUGGAGUUGGAAGUUGAAUUAGUUAGUCAGUGUCCUUUUUCCAGGUAUCAUCCACUUCAGAAACAUACCUACCUUAUACACCAUAAUGUAUGAUAAUAUUAUGUUAUUACAUGAGAUUGCUGAACUUCCAGUUAGAAACUGAACUUCCAGACUUCCAUGAUAACUGUAUUACACCAUUUUCUAGUAGCUACUCUGCAGAUUUUAUCUUGGAGUAAAUGAAUUUAAACAAAUUAAAAACAUGUUGCACAUCUGACCUAUGAUUGCAAUUAUGGUAAGUCAAGACUUGAACACUUGGUCUCUUUGGGUAGAAGAUUGGGGUGAUACACUGUUCCCACAAUUCCACAUUGUACCAUCUGAGACCAAGUAAAUAUUGUACAUAAUCAUGUUCAAUCCAUAAAUGAGUCCCAUGGCUACGAAAUGUAAUGAGCAGUGUUAUAAGGUGAUGUCAAUUUUCUUUGAAUAGCUUUUGUGUUUUGAAGUUACGUGGAUACUUUUUACAACAUCUUUCUGUGUAGAUCAGAAAAAUGGAAAUGUGUAUUACUCUACUGCAGCUUACAUCCCAAAAUGCUUACCACAUACCUACUGGUAGUGCUGCAGUUUCAUUUACGAGCAAAAAGUGUGCUUCAAUGAAUAUCUGUAUCUACACAUUUUCUAUAGCUCAUGGUAAAGCAGAUUAACAGGUCAGCAAUUUCAUGUGGUGUUUUCUUUGUCUUUAGAAAUUUUACUUGGUGUGGAACAUUAUUCAGUUCAUAAUGUUUCCAAUAAAUACAGGUGCUCAAGCACAGACAGUUUAAAAAUAAUAAUGCCUGUAAGUUUUGUAUCUGCUCAAUAUACAAUUAAAGAAUAUGUGUUUGAUAUAUUUUCUUCAUGCUGUUUGAAUAGACACACAAUGUACUGCCUCUGUAGUGAGUAUUCUACACUGCAAGUUUUUGCAAACUACUAAAAAUGUUGAGAUACUGGUAAUAAUAGAGAAGUCAACAGUGUGAGAAGACAGCAGGAUAAGAUUAGACAAAAAUCUUUUACACUCUGUUUCUGAAUGACUGAAACCCUAGUUCUUCUAACUUUCACUUGUGACACCUUCCAGUUUUAACACUAGUUUGCAGAUUUUAAAAAAAUCCAUCUUAAAAGAAACUAUAUUUUUGUUUUAGAGAUGAUUUUGUUUGCAGAUGUUUAGUAUCUCAUCUAUUACAAUAGCAUGUUUAAAAUUAGAUUUCAUUUUCUUCAAGAUGUUUGUGAGUGAGGUGGAUGUUAAGGAACAACAGCUCCAAAUUAUAAGAAGAAUGAAAUAUUAUUUCUUCCUAUCUUUUCUCCAUCUUUCCUACUUCUCAGUCAUAUCCAGUUUGGGACAAGGCUAUAUUUACAAUAAUCUUGAUUUUAUGUAUGGAACCUGAAAGGAAUGAUACGCAUGUGUGUAUAUCUGUGUGUGUGUGUGUGUGUGUGUGUGUGUGUGUGUUUGUUUGUUUUCACAGAAAGAAGGGAAAUCUAUUAUGUGAUCUAUUAAGUGUACCUAUGUGCCUGCACAUCAUCUAUGUGCGUAGGUCUGUCCUCAUUUUUUGUUUAUUUGUUUGUUGUUUUCAUCCUGGAAUUUCCAUUAUCACAAGACCAUUUAUAAUCAAUAAAUUUAGCUGACAAAAAAGCUGAGGUAAACAAUCUGAAUUACUCACAUGUUUUUAUGUAAUGGUAUUGUGCGAUGGAGAGGAUGCAAGGAAUAGGCUACAUUUUACUGCAGCACUGCACGAUUCAUUAUCUAUUGUAAAAUGAAAAGUUUGAAAACUACAUAUUGUUUUGAAUAAUUUACUUGUCACUGAGAAACGUAUGCAAGUGACAGCAUAACAGUUUCCUGGUAAUAGAUCAUACUUGAUCAUUGCUAUCAAAAGUGCCAGAAGCCACUGCAUUAUCACUUUUACAUAUUGUCAUAGCUAGUUCAAUAAAGGCUUCCAACGAUUUCAGCUGUAAUAUUUCAUAAGAGGUAUUGUUUUGUCAAAUUGUGAAUAAGUGGUAGAACAACUGUUUAUUGAACAUAUCAAUGAAAAUAAUCAGUUAUUGAAAAUGUAGUGUAACUGAAUAAAUAAAAA